UGUAACAUCGAUUUUUAUAUAUCUACAUCCCUAACUAUCAAACAAAACUAACUCUAUUUCAGAUUUUCCGCAGAUCAAAACCAAGUGACAUAGAUUUUGGAAAUGCAGCCAGAGUUUAGUAGAAUAGAAGUAUAUGUGUACUGCUGCGGCUAGCGAUACACAAAAAAGUUACAACUAAAAAUUACGUCUUUAUUUAUAUAGACACUUGCAAAAUGUCGUCAAAUCGCUCAAAAUCCACAAUGUUAGAUAAGCCCCUCAGCAAGGGAAAGGGCGAAGUUUCAUUAGCUUUUUAUGCACUUUUAUUUUCUGAAAUCGUACAGUAUUGUCAAAAUCGUUCGCAUUCAGUACAGGAACUACAGAAUAAACUCUCAGAAAUUGGCCAAGAUGUUGGUACCCGAGUACUCGAUUUAUAUUUCGUGAGAGAAAGAAAUAGUAAAAGAGAAAUUAAGUUGCUGAAUAUAUUAUUAUUUGUGAAGUCUACCCUGUGGAAGGUAUUAUUUGGUAAAGAAGCUGAUAAAUUGGAACAUGCUAAUGAUGACGAAAGAACUUACUACAUAAUAGAGAAAGAUGCUUUAGUCAAUAAAUUCAUUAGUGUACCAAAAGAUAAGGGAUCAUUGAACUGCGCAACAUUCAAUGCAGGCAUUAUUGAAGCAGUUCUAUCUAGAAGUGGAUUUCCUGCCAAAGUAACGGCUCACUGGCAUAAGGGUACAACAUACAUGGUGAAGUUUGAUGAUGCUGUUGUUGCAAGGGAUAAAUCACUUGAUGAUCGUUAAUUUAAGCUGUAAUAUUAUUUUUAUGUAUAUGUAAAUGUCAAAAAUAAAUGUAUAGUCAUUAUAUAAAUGGUUUUUGUCUCAAUUUGUCAUAUAUAGAAAUGUAGAAAAAAAUCAUCCAACUGAACGAUAAUUGAUUGGUGUACUCU